GACCGCGCGUUGUACAUACUCGGGGCGUCUUGCUGAAGAUAGUCCGGUGAGUUGUUGUUGGACCUUAUCUCGCCAGGAGCGUUUCAAAAAAUAGAACGGAAAUAGAGUGUACCGUAGAUGAUUUUCUUGCUCUGUGUGUAGUGCGAAUUGAAAGUGACGCAACUGAGAGCAGCGGUUCGCGGUCGUCUUUUAUCUGCCACCGAAUGUGAGAUAAGAAGAGUGUCAGCGGCUCGGGAAUUUUUGAGGAGAUCCCCCCCUGUUGGUGCGGGAUCAGCCCAGCUGUGCGUGUACGAAAAAGCUCACGGGGGUUGCUGCUGGCUGGCUGGCACUUGGGUGAACGUCAAAGAUGGCCGACGAUGACGACUAUCAACUUGAACCACCGCCACUUUCGGCCUGGGCAGCAACUGUCGGUAUGUGGACUGGUCCUAUAGGGGAAACUGAACUGUCAACUCUUCCAGCACAAUUCCAUUUCAAUCCGUCAUUUUCACAACUGCCGAUCGCCUAGAAAUAAAUAUACACCGUGUCAAACUCUCUUGCACGACGACGCCGAUUGACAUCUCAGUCUUUGCCAAAGAAUUUUUGGGGGGUUUCAACCGGACCCGCCCUAUCGGCAGCUGGCGCGGCCCACCCGCUAUACUCCUUCCGCCGCUAUACUUCUCUCCUCCUUUAAUUAUUUAUAGAUAGCCAGUAAGAAGAAAGAGCGAGUUGAUGCUGCAUUAGAGCGAAAAAUACAAAAAAAAAAAGGUUGCUGCGGGACCCCGUUUGAUGGACGCUCCUGCGAGAGCGAAACAGCUGCCCAGUUUCGCAAAGGCUUCAUUUCGUUAGCCCCCUUCGUCCUUGUUGAAUGUUUGCUAAAUUCAGCUCGACGAAAAAAUCAAUUACUACUGGCCACGUUCAAAGCGUGACCAACAUUUGUUGUUGUGCGGUAGUUUUUUUAGUAGUUUGUAGUCGUUAUGGUAGGGCAGCCAAUGGCAACUGGGAUAACAUCGUUUCAACUCCAUCAUCAAAAUAGUAGUCAAUUCAGUGCUCGUGAUGCUCCUAUCGUUAAUUUGGUUACUCUCCAAUCGUCCGUGGAACAGACCGACCAUCCUACCAUCUUGUCUAAAACGAGGUUCCAGGGCAGCGGACACGCCAUCUCGAGUCGGUAGAGUAACGCAGCGUGAUUCCAAUUCUAACCCCAUCAGUCCCGUUCCAACUGGACCGGAGGAGGAGGAGGCGGAGGAGGAAGAAGAAGAAGAGGUGGUAGAGGAGACUGCGACAAGCUUGGACCACUGUCAGAGUGAGUCGUACCAUUGGUGUGAGGAGGACGAUCUAACGAGCAGUGAAGCGGCCACCACAUCGACGGACAAGACGAUCGGUUCGUCGGGCGAUCCCGAUCCCCACUCGGCCGAGGAAUACGCCGAAAUGGCCAAAAAAGUGGAUUUGAAUCUCGCCCACAUCGACAUGGAAAACUUCAAGUCGGCCGAUCUCUUCCAGUCGGAACAAAUUCGCUCGCUUCUCAUCGAGUACAACCGGCCUAUCUUGUGCAGCCAGUCGCAACUAUCGCAGGACGAUUGCAGUUUGACUGAUUGUGGAUCCUUGUGUAAAUCGGGGCCGCUGUUCUCUCCUCAGCGGGCUGUUCCUGGCGUUUGCGGAGUAGUUGGAGGCAAAGGAAUCAGCCCGUCAGAUUGCAGCAUCGAUUCGUUGAAUAUGGCGGAACGUGACGAAUGUUGGCUACUAGAAGAGGCCGGAGACGGUGCCAGCCAACUUCUCUGUCGCACCAACAUGACCAACUACACAUUAGCUUGGAGUUCUUCUGCAUCCGGAACUGAUCAGGAUCUCGAUUAUAAUGAACCCGGAACGAGUAGCUCGGGAUCGGAGCAGAGUCACUGGUCGUCCUCUGGAAGCGGCGGCAGAGUAGCACCACCCAUUCCACCUUGGCCAAUCACUUCCCGCCAGCAGCAAUUUACAGGAUUGAGAAACGAUCCUACACCCCGGAAAUUGCAAUGCUGGGCACCACCUCAAUCCAGCAUCCAUAAACAACCGACACCAACCAAACCCAACAUGAAGAAAUCGACGACGGAGCAACAACUGCAGAAAUCGCACAAAGAAGAUGCCCAGCAGCCAGAAAUUCGUACGACGGAAUUGACGAAUUUCCAGUCGAUCGGCAAGUCGGAAGACAGUCCCAGUUUGUCAGACAUGGAUAAUGGUAACGGCAAAGCGACGCCCAAGGAUAAUCGAACCAGACAGCGGCCAGUCUUCACCAAAACGGAAUCGAAAGCCACGACUCCUCCGGCCGGCCUGUCUCUGUUGCAAAUCUACAUGCGGCAGAGAUCGCAAACGAGCAUGGAACGUGAAAGCAACAAGAAAUCGGAUGACGUGAUUGCUUCCGGCGGAGGAGAAGGCUGGGUGGAAGACUAUCCGAGCAGCGCGGAUGAGAAACUCGGCCUGGAAUCGAUUUGCAGCUCUUUGGCGGAUGAGGAUGAAGAUGAUGAUGACAGUGAGGAGGAGGAUGACAGUGAGGAGGAGGAGGAUGACGAAGAUGAUUUGUGCCAAAAUAAUCGUUCGUUGACAUUGACGGAUGUAAGUGACAUCGAGCAAACAUCGAUCCAGAUCGAUGCCGUUCCGUUCAAUACCACAGCAGCCACGUCGAGCUUGGACAAACUCAUUGCCAAAAUCAAGCCGUUUGAAUUGGGACUGUCGCCAGCCUCCAUUGAAGAGCACUGGAACUUUGAGAGCCGGAUGAGGCUGGCCGCCCCGAUUCCAGUCGAAGCCUCCAGCACUUUGGUGGACAAGGGCUGCCAAGUCGCCAUCAAUCCAGCCACGUCGGCUACCCAGGAGGAAAGUACUUUGACGGAUCCCAUCAAACCUCAGGCCUACCUUAUCUUCCCCAGUUACAGUCUGCCGGAUUUGAGUUUUCUCAAGAAACACGACUACACCUGGAUUGGUGACGUACUCCUCUCACCUCAGAACUUGGCCGCUCGCAAACCGGAACCCAUCGUCAGGCAACACACCCAGCAGUCGUUUGACGACCUGAAACGUCGCCAAAUGGGUCACGUCAAAGAUUGGGAAUCGUUGAAGAUUUUGCUGCCGGAAGAGAUCCGGCAGCAGAUCAACAACAUCAAACCAUCGCCCGUCAACCGCAACAGCCGACCAAGACCAAAGAGUUGCGAGCAAACUGUUAUCCUGCGCAAUGCCAAGAAAACGUCGCCCAGGCCGGCCACUUGCCGAGGUUCGGUCGCAUGGCCGGAUGCCACCGCUGGAUACAUGUUGCCAACAGUCCCGCAAUCUCCUCCAGGUGGAGCAGAUGGCGGACCUCCACCCCUACCAAAGCGAACGGCAUCUCUGCCACAUAGUCCAGCAGCUGUCCGACAACGACGCAAUGUCGCAUUAUCGACGGAAUCGGUCAAAUCAGCAGUCAGCAAACGAGCAGCCAAUACCUCGCCAACUGGACCGGCCAGCAAAGCGGCCUUUGGUUACACCAUGCGCAAAACUGUUAGUUUCGGAGAACAUUUAAGCGGAGGCUUUUUGAAAAUGUCCAACCAGAGACGACCGUUGUCACUGUCUCACUGGUCAGGUGGCGGAUCGUUGGAUAUGAACUCACCAGGGGAAGAAGAUGUUGCAGUUAAUUUAGAACAAAAACAAGAACUCGUGAAAGCCGUUUCGAUAGCCUGUACUCAGUUGUGCAAAAUCAUGAAUCAACCCAUCAACAUUAGCGAUGAAGAUAGCUGCACCAAUCACUCCAAGUCGGUAGCCAGAUGUCUGACUAGUCAACUCAGCCCGGCAAUCUACCAAUUAUUGUCGGAUGGUCUUCUACCCAACGUCAACACCUUUUUCGGCCAGGUCAACAACUCUGUCUGGAGGGUAGUCGAAGCUUCCGUCAAGAAAGGUCCUGGAUUGCCAUGGAUCGAGGAAUUAGUCUUUUGUCUCAACAGUGAAGAGAGUUUACCCGAAGGACCCGUCAGAUUUGGAGUUUUCAUCACCGAACUUGUCAAUAUGGGAGGUUUGGAUUGGUGGCUGGAUAAUCUGUCGGCUAAGGAGACGAUCCUUCGUCGGCACUACGCCCCUCACGGUUUCCUCUACUUGUGUCACACAUCCACUCGACCACUGAUGGACGAGCUGCAGAGUUAUCUGCGACCUUUGGCUGCGUUACCAUUCGAUAACACUCUGCCUUUGCCACCGCCCAAAAAGCUGGUGGUAACUAGUCCUGGCAACAAACAGGCUACGAGUGCUGGUGUCACGAGUCCGGCGGCCAGCAAGCCGUCGACGCCUACGAAAACCAUUUUGAAAUCUCCGACACGAUCAAAGACCCAGCGACCGAUGUCUUACGUCCAAAACAGUCCCAGUAAGAUGAGCCCGAAGCCACUCUACCGGCGCACUCAGUCGCAACAUUCUGGCCUGUCGCCCAAAAAGUCAAACAACGUGGCACAGCAACAGCAGCAGCAGCAGCCGGAGAACAGCAGCAAAACGGAGACAAAGGUUGAAGAAUUCUCGUCGCUAAAACAAAAGUGGGAAUCACUGUGCGGUGACAGAAGGAAAGCGGGCGAAACCGCAACCGGUGGUGGUAACAAGAGUAAUAUUGCGCCAGUUAUUCCAGCUCCUGUCACGGCACCAACGGGCGAAACGAGUCCUUUGAAAUCAAGGAUUCCGAGACCGGUUUUCCGGUUUAGCAAGUAAUAAAAGCUGGAUAUUCUCUUUUGACGUUUUGUCCACUUGUACUCUGUGUCUGUUUUACCCUUUUCACUCUCUCCUUGCUCGAUGUGACGUUUCACAAAGAAACCUAUACGUCUUACGGCAUAAAUUAUAUACAUAUUAUAUAUAUAUAAACUAAAUACGAUGCAAACCCUCCCAAAAAAUUGUUGCUUUGAUUCGUUCAUCAAGCCAAUCUCUUUCCGGUCAAAACUCAGAAGAAAUUAAUUGGAAAUUUUCAUUUUUGUCCUCCCCUGCAGAAGUGCAAAGAUUCGGUUUUCAUUUCUUUUUUCUAUCAAUUAAGCUGGUCGAUAAAUUGUAGACGGCUCUGGAUCGCGGUAUACAUUGUUCCUGUUCAUUCACGGCCGAGUUGUGUAUGUGUACUGUCAUUACUUGUUUGCUUUCACGCGUGCAACAACAACAAAAAGAAGCAAAGAGUGAUUCAUUAAUGAAUAAGGCACAUUCUUGUAUCUUUCCUUGCUAGUCUUGUAAUUUCAAAUAUGACGGUUGAUUCUA